AGCGCGCGAACGGCUCAAGCGCCGCCGCCUAACUGCGGGUGCCUGGCCACCCCCCGCACCCCCCAUUCGGGCAUGGAAUGGCGCCCGACGGGGGCGCCGCAGACGCUCGUGUCCCCCCUGCCGACGCCCUUCUCCCUCCCUCUCCCUCCUCCCCCCCCUCUCGACGACGCGGCUGCCCGCGCGGAGGGCGCGGCCCGCCUGCGCCGGGCCCGGCUCGCCUCCUGGUGCCGCUGCUGCGAAGGAAGCGUGGAGCCCGGGGACGCGAUCUUCCCCGUGGCUGGCGGGCGCGGCCCGGGGGAGGAGGCCAGGCGCAGCGGCCUGUCGUGGAUCCACCUCGGCUGCGCCGAGGCAGGUAACGGCGGCACUCUGCCCCCCCGCCCCGUCUGCAAGCACUUUGUCCGGGCGGGGCGGUGCCAGUACGCCGAGGCGUGCUUCUUCGCGCACCCCGAGGGCCGAGACGUCGAGGCGGCCAGGCGUGCGGAGCGGCGGCGCGAGGCGCCGAACCAGAAGGUGGCCAAUCGCGGCGAGGGUCGCCGGAAUCACGUCAAGAACGACAGCCGCGUGUCGGUUCUGCGUCGUUGGUUGCUCGACCAGUUCGGCCUGGAGCACCUCAGGAGCAGGCGAGGCGUGCUCGACGUGGCUGGCGGCAAGGGCGAGCUGGCCUGGGAGCUGGUGAAUCUGAACGGCGUUCCAGCGUGCGUGCUCGAGCCGAGGCCUUUGGAGCUGUCCUCGUGCAGGAAGAAGUGGAGCCGUGGGCUGUAUUGGCGCAACCCGAUCUUUCACAGGUGGCUGCAUUGCGGGCACGACCCCUCUGGGCCCACCUCCGCGCCGCCGCACGUGCGGAUUAUGCUGGAGUCGAGCGUAGUCGCGUGGGCGGCCGGAGAGUCAGAGGCCGGCGAGGCGGUGUUCGAAGGCGGCAGGCGCAGAGCCCGAGCGCUGGCCUGGACCCGGAAGGGCCUCCGGGAGCACGAGCCGGACGAGGCGGAGCCGCCCGCGCCCGCCGCCACGGCGCGCCCCCCGGCCUCCGAGCCCGCCGAGCCCAGCUCCGCGGACGAGGACCGAAGCCCGCCCCCCGGGCCCCGAGCCCGCCGAGCCCGGCUCCGCAGAUGAGGAGGCAGGCGACGGCCUGGAGGUCACCUCCCCGCUCGAGGCUGUGGAGCUGCUGCGGGAGUGCAGCACGGUGGUCGCGCUGCACCCCGACCAGGCGGCCGAGCCCGCCGUGGCGUUGGCCCUGGCUCUGGGCAAGGCCUUUGCGGUGGUGCCCUGCUGUGUCUACGCCGCGAGCUUCCCGCGGCGGAGGCUGCGCGACGGCGCGCAGGUGAGGACCUACGAGGACCUCCUGAACUACCUGCAAGGGUUCCACCCGCGCAUCCGGCGCGCGGACCUGGACUUCGAGGGCAAGCGCCUUAGAUGCUGUUAGAAACGCCGGGUGGCGCUUUUGAUGUCCGUUCUCAAGACUUUGUUUGUUUCAGAUUUGGGGCCAUCUUCUUUUUCCGUCGUGGGAUUCCCGCUCGCGCCGUGUUCGUUCCGGUUCCGCGCAGUUUUGCGUGUUCUUAUUCGGUGUUGGGGGUCCCUUUUUGUUCCCCGGAACGGUUGAGAUCCAAGGCGGGAACCAUGGCAGUCCAGCAAAUAAAAUCAUGUGCGUCUUUUGUUAGCGGUUUUCAGCUUCUCGGUGUUCGGCCAAUGGCCGACACCCGCAAAGUUGUUCACAAACAGACGCCCCCCAUGGCAUUCAACAUCAUCAGCUAAGGCAAGCACACCGUGCUGUACAUGACCCCCGAGGACGUCCUCGAUCUCUAGAGCCGCGCGCCGCGGCGAGCGCCCGAGGGGCUGGUCCCGCCCGACACCCACGGCCUGCCGCGCAGCGCCAGGGAAGCCCUGUGUGCCAAGGCGGAGGCUGCGGCCCCGGACGUCGACGCGCCGCCCCCCCGCGGGCUGCCCUGGGCUUCAUUCGCUCGGCAGCAAGUCAUGGGAGCCAAUCGGGGAGUCGUGCUUGCUGAGAGUUCUCGGAUGUCAGGCUCAGAGGGAGGCCUAGCUGCAGACGCUGGUUGCCAAUCGCGUUGGACCGCGCGAGCAACAUCGCGUGUGUCCUCGCAAUUCCAGCUGUAGAGUGUAGUCGCGUGCACUAGCGUUGGGUAAUCGAUGAGAAAGCGCCGACUUAGCGUCGAGUUUGAGUCGAAUUGCGUCGCCGAACAUCGGUUCGCAAGAGCGAGCAAGAUGGCAUGGGAGGAUCCCAUGAGUUGCGACCCAAGGUGUUGAGGCCGAGAGGUUGGCAACAUCACCAGUAUCGACGGUGUGCCUCCGCCGAGGUGAGAUGAUCCCGAUCUCGGUGAUGGCGGUAAUUCUCAGGCUUUCUGGGUGGCCAGAAGAUCACCACCGACACGAACGUCUAUGAUCAUCUUCCCCUCCAGGAGGCAAUCCUCUGUGUUGGUGCUGGUGCCCUUUUUCAAGCCUUCAACAUCGUUGUUCUUUGCAUGUUCUUGCUGUGGCCAGGCGGCCUCGGUUGGCCCGCGUGAGCUCGCUGGGACGUUCACGCCUCCGAAGAGGGCCACGAGAGCCUGGCGCGAACCCGCCAGGAUAAGCAUCCCAGUGAUCGGGGCCCGCCUUAAGCGCUUUGCCCCCAGCUUUGAGCGCCCCUGGCGCCCCGCAGAAGGCGCCCCUAUCGGCCGCGGAUGUGCGCGCACCCCCUCGCAGCAGCCCCCUGGCGGCAGCGGCCGCGCUGGAGCUCUGCGAUGAGCAGCCCUGCUACCGGCACUGUGGCUCGGCGGCCUGCCAUUGCGCUGAUGCGGGGCCUGCAGAUGCGCCGCCAUCCCCAGACCUCCAGCGUCUCGAGGAGACCGUUUUUUAUACCCUGGCGAUCACGGGCGUGACCUGGGGACGGGACGCC